CCACUUUGUAUCCGUUCGUGUAAAAUUCCCUCCGAGAGCUUUGCUGCUCAUUUAACUCCGGCGGCUACAUGGACGAGGAAGAAGCCGCGGAAAGGAUGCCUCCAGCCGGCGUCCGACCCCGGAAUCGCCCGCCGCAAGUGAUGCUGAACCAGAAAAAGAUCAAAGCGAGACGGAAAAAGCGAAAAGAGUUGGUUUUGAUCCAAAUAUGCUUGUUGGGAGGGAUGCUUCUCGUCGUCAAGGGGUUCUCCUACCUAACAGAAAAUGCAGGUUAUGACACAUCCAGCCCCACCACGUAUGAUGAUGAGCGAUGGGGAGGCAGGAAGCUACUGCAGGAGGUGGACACAUUGGACAGUAAUAGCAGCUUGGAAGAGGACGAGGAAAAGAAAAACUGCACCGAGCCAGCUUUGCACGAGUUCCCUACAGAUCUGUUUACCCACAGGGAGAGGACAGAAGGAGCUGUGGCCCUACACGUCCUGUGUGCCAUGUAUAUGUUCAUUGCCCUGGCCUUGGUUUGUGACGAUUACUUUGUCCCUUCGCUGGAGAAGAUAUGUGAGCGUCUUCAUCUCAGUGAGGAUGUAGCAGGGGCAACCUUUAUGGCAGCUGGAAGCUCCGCCCCUGAACUCUUCACCUCUGUCAUAGGGGUCUUCAUCACUAAAGGAGAUGUGGGUGUGGGGACCAUUGUGGGAUCAGCAGUCUUCAACAUCCUCUGCAUCAUCGGAGUGUGUGGAAUCUUUGCUGGCCAGGCUGUGAAGCUCUCCCAUUGGACACUACUCAGAGACUCCGCCUACUACACGCUCUCUAUCGCAGCCCUCAUUGCAUUUAUCUACGACGGGGAGGUUACAUGGUGGGAGUCUCUAGUCCUGAACGUGAUGUACCUCUUUUACAUUCUAAUCAUGAAGUUUAACGGCAGAGCGAGACGCUACUUUGACCGGCGGAAGAAGAGCUCCGUGAGUCUGGCCAACGGUCUGACGGGCAGCACUGACCUGGAGGACAAUGUCACCUGUGACGCCACUGCCGUCCUGCUGAAGAAAGCUAACUUCCAGUGUAAGCCCAGUGUGCUGAUGGUGGAUGAGCUACUGUCAGCCUACCCCCACCAGCUGUCCUUCUCUGAGGCUGGCAUGAGGAUCAUGAUCACCAGCCACUUCUCCCCCAGGACACGAUUAGCCAUGGCUUCACGCAUGCUCAUCAAUGAGAGACAGAGGGUGAUCAACACCAGUGAGACCAGGGUCAACCAACACAUCACCAACGGAGACUCAGACUCUGCAGCCGCCAGGGCUCCGGAGAAGCGGGGUCUGGAGAACGGCAGGACGGGCGGGGCCGAGAGAGGGCUGAACGGGAGAUGCCUUGGUCAGGGGGUCCUGGAGUCGGGGAAUGAGACGGAAAACGAGAACGAGGAUAAUGAUAAUAAUGAGAACGACGGAGGAGAGGAGGAAGAGGACGAGAACGAAGGACCUCUGGUCCCUCACAGACCACCAGCGGGUGUGUGUAACAAGAUGAAGUGGCUGCUGUGCUGGCCUCUGUGCCUGCUCCUCUUCUUCACCAUCCCGAACUGUGCCAAGCCACGCUGGGAGAGAUGGUUCAUGGUCUCCUUCGUCACCUCCACCAUGUGGAUAGCUGGCUUCUCCUACAUUAUGGUCUGGAUGGUGACUGUGAUUGGGUACACGCUUGGCAUCCCUGAUGUCAUCAUGGGCAUCACGUUCCUGGCGGCGGGGACUAGUGUUCCAGACUGCAUGGCCAGCCUCAUCGUGGCACGCCAAGGUCUGGGAGACAUGGCCAUCUCUAACUCUAUUGGUAGCAAUGUGUUUGAUAUUCUGGUGGGCCUUGGCCUGCCCUGGCUUUUACAGACCCUCUGCAUUGACUAUGGAUCAACUAUCUCUCUGAACAGUAGAGGAUUGAUCUUCUCUGUUGCGCUGCUCUUGGCCUCAGUGUUCCUCACAGUGCUGGGCGUCCACUUAAACAAAUGGACUCUGGACCGUCGACUGGGUCUGACCUGUCUCCUCAUGUAUGCCGUCUUCGUCUGUUUCUCCGUCCUCAUCGAGUUCAACGUCUUCAUCUUCGUCAACCUGCCCAUGUGUCGCGAGAUCCUCUGAUCCUCGUACUCUUCCUCCUCCUCUUCCUCCUGCUUUCGCUCCCGGAGGAUGUCUUUGCCACAGGUCUUUGCUCCUUGUCUGCUCGCCCCACCCUCGAGUGGAUUUUUAUCUUGAAAUAAUAGUUGUUUAAUUUAUCUUUGGUGCAAUACAAGCGAAAGAUGAACAGAGAUUUGCGUUCGUCUGGUUUUGGCUGGAGAAGAGAAGAUGUAAGAGAAAGUCCCAUUGGAACAUGAUGAGGUCAAAGGUCAACCAAGUAGUAGUGACUGCUUCCUGUUAGCUUUCUGUUGCCAGGGAAACUGAAGACAUUGGUUUGGAUAAACUAAACUGUAUUAUCAUCGACGUCGAUGUAUAAGCUGCUAACUGACUGAGAGAAAAUGAUUGGCUAAUGGCGAUUGAUAGCCAAUAGGAUUGUGUUAUUUUCUUACUCUUUGUACAUGUUUGGAUAUAAAUAUUAUACAUAUUGUUUAAGGUGUUUUAAGUUAAGAUGGAUGUGUGACAGGAUUCCAUGUGUGCUGGCUGUAAAUAUUUGAAGAGAAUAUUGACAUGGAGAAGUGUAUUGACAUAUCGCUCUCACUUAGACUGGUCUGGUUUUUAAACCGUUCGGUGAAGCGGCAAGAAUCAAAGAAGAGGAGGAGGAUAUUUUUGUUUAAACUGAGUGCACUGUAGUGACUUGACCAAACAGUGAUGCUCUCAUGCCAGCCAUUUCUUCUCGCAAAGUGUAAGAUAGCAUGACAUGCUAAUCGUGAGUCUAUUCCUUUAGCUUUGUGCUGUCAGGGAGAGUUCAUAUUAAUCUAUUCUAUUUGCAGUAAGAAAUAUUUAUGUACAGUACAGUUUCUCUUGAGUUACUUUCUCUCCAAAUAUAUCCAAAUAUAUGUGGGAGUACCAGUCAAAAGUUUGGACACAGCUGCUCAUUCCAGGGAUCAAAACUAUGAAAUAACACAUAUGGAAUCAUGUAGUAACCAAAAAAGUGUUAAAUAAAUCAAAAUAUAUUUUAUAUUUG